UCUGCACACAGUCACAGUGCACUAAGUCCGCCCUACUCGGUGAUUUGAAGGUCAGACUCCGUCUCGACUACAUCGGAUCAGCGUGCAUCAUCCGCAGGGACUAUCGUACCUUAUUCGGGGUCUCCGUUAAUUUGGAUACAUUGGAUACAACGAUGCCAGGGAGUACCAUCACACCCGACCGAUGCCGUUCGGUGAUCCACUGGAGGGUGUUACCACCCAGUUCCCGGGCGCACAAACACAAGUUGCCCCCAUUCCUUAUGGAGACAUACAAGCGACCGAGGCUCGUAAUGCCAGACUCUGUAGAGAAGAACAAGAAGAUAAAGACCAUAAUAGACUCGUUGAGGCUUUCCAACGAUCAGGUAAAGCUAGUAAUGAGCACCCUACAGGCGGAGAUGACGCUCGGCCUGAGCAAAGACAAGAAGAAGAGGGACUCAUCCUGUCUGCCAAUGGAAAACACAUACGUUAGAUCACUUAUGGACGGCACAGAAGAGGGAGACUUCCUGGCCUUGGAUUUAGGGGGCACCAACUUCAGAGUGCUCCUGGUGAAGAUACACGACGGCAAAUGUGAAAGCUACCAACAGAAUUAUAACGUACCAAAUGACAAACUAAAUGGUUCAUCCAGCGAGUUAUUUGAUCAUCUUGCUUGGGGUAUUGCCUCGUUUCUCGAAAAAGAGGGUCUGAAAGAAAAGAAUCUCCCAAUGGGUUUCACAUUUUCCUUCCCAUUGAUUCAAAAGAGUCUAAGUUCAGGAUUGCUGUCAAUGUGGACGAAGGGGUUCAAGUGCACUGAUGGCCCAGGACUGGAUGUGGUACGGCUGCUGAAUGAAGCUAUUGCGAGACGUGGGGACAUCCAAGUUGAUACUGUUGCUGUGUUGAAUGAUACGACAGGAACUCUUAUGGCUGGAGCUUACCUCGACCAUCAUUGUCAAGUCGCCAUGAUUCUAGGUACUGGUCACAAUGCCUGUUACAUGGAGCAUCUUGAGAAAGUUGAGAAAUGGGAGGGAGAGAAGGAUGAACCAAUGGGUGUUGCUAUCAACAUGGAAAGUGGUGCCUUGGGGGAUAAUGGCUGCACAGACUUUAUAAAGACAGAGUUUGACAUUGCGGUUGAUAAGCUUUCUCACCACGUUGGGACAAACACGUUUGAGAAGUUGUUCUCUGGUAUGUACAUGGGUGAAGUUGCCAGACAAGUAUUAAUUAAACUUACUCAAGAAGGCCUCAUAUUAGAUGGACGGGGAUCCCCAGAAUUAUUCACUCCUUGGAGCUUCCUCACAAAAUAUAUCUCAAUGAUUGAAAGUGACGGUAGUGGUGUAUUUGAGAACACAAUGGACGUUAUGGCAGAGUUAGAUGUGGAAGACUUUGUAAAAGAAGAAGAUCUAAGUGUUAUUAAAUAUGUAUGUUCCUGUGUCUCACUGAGGGCAGCCACACUUAUAGCAGCUGAAAUCGCAGUUCUUAUUCAACAUAUAGACCAAUCGGAAGUGACUAUUGCAGUCGAUGGCUCCCUCUAUAAAUACCAUCCCAAACUACACGAUUUGGUUUUGGAUAAAGUUCACACUUUGGUCCCUAAUGUAAAGUGUAAAUUGAUCCUUGCUGAAGAUGGGAGUGGUAAAGGAGCAGCGUUUGUAGCCGCUGUUGCUACUAGACUGUCUAGAGCAGCCAAAGAAGCGCGUAGAGACAGUGAUGGUGACGUAAAAGAUGAAAACAAACACUCUGAAAAGCUUCCAUCAUCUCCAACUGCAGAAACUGUCAACAGUGAGAAACAAGACGGGGAAUCUAACAAAGUGGAUUCCCCAGGGAAAUCCCCGAAAAGUGACAAUGAGACUGAGAAUAGCCUCGAUUUGGAAGCCACAUUUCAGCCAUUAAAAUCUCAACCUUCCCUAGACAUGGCCUUGGCACUACAGGGAAUUCCUCUCAAGGUGUCGUGAUUAUGUAAUAAUAUAUAUUAUAUGUAUAAUAUCAGAAUACUUAUAAUCUCCAUCUAGGAAUGCGGUGAUAUAAAGUCAAAAGCUUAUACUUAUAAUAAAUGCUAAAGCUAUGAAAUGUGCUACCUCAAAUGACAGAGACUAGAGUUGGCAAUAAUUUGGAUGGCCUGGCAAGCCUAAAACUCAGACAUUGAUGUUAUUACAGUCGUGAAAGAAACAAAAGAGUGAAAAGAAGCACACGUUAUAUUUGAAGCAUACGUGUGCUACGUAAUAAAGCAACAAAAACGGUUAUUCUAAACGUACUACUGCUACAGUAGCGUAGUGCUAUAGUACACAUGGUGUGUUGUACCUCGCCAAUCAUCCACGAGCAGCUAUUUAAAAUGCAGUAUUAUCCUAUUACAAAAUAAUGGAAACCGGAUACGUAAAGUAUCCCGUUUUGUAUACACCUAUAGAUGUCAUUGUAAUUCACCAAGUAGAAAUAGACCCGAAGUCAAAGUCGCAAUCCCGGAUAGAAACAUGCUUAGUGCAAAUAUCCACAUAUUUUAUUUUCAAUAUCACUGUAGUCUGUUGGUUUUAGCAAAAAGAAGAUCUUGCUUGGCAAUUUUAGUAUGUGAUUAACUGUUCAAUUUAUUGCACAUUGUUAGAGAUUUCAGAUGGUUGAGCCUUUGUACAAUGAGCUUCUUGAGAAUUUAAUUCGCUUUACUAAAUUAUAAGUGUAGUUCAGGUUGAAUGAAACUAUAGGCUAUAUAUACACGUGAUUUAAUGGCGAUUGAUAUUAACACAGGUGAUAGGGCAAAAAAAAGAUAAUUUAAGUAAGUGAUGUACAAGUAUAUGCUGUACAUGUGACUUAUUGAUAAACUAUAUUCGGUUCCCGGGAUACGGUUUCACAACCAAUAGCAUGGUGAAACUGGAACUUAAACGAUCCAAUAUCAAGAAUAUUCCACCUGGGUAACUGACUUGCAAUAAUGUCUUAUGUUAUUGAGCGAGAUGAAUGUGAUAAUCCCCGGGUGUUUAUCCUAUUGUCUUGCAUCUAGCUCCUGUGUUCUUCCCCACUUACCCAAGUAGAAGCGCCAUUAGAGCGCGAUCGCACUGGACGAAAUGCUUGGAGAUUGAACCACAGCGUUUUAAGCUGAUUGGAUAAUAGUGGGUGUAGUAACAGAAGCUCGGUGACCUGAUUUAGUUCAUAUCCUUAGUCCUGAAUUAUAUGAUUAUAUUGUGAAUUAUAGAGAAAUGUCGGUAUGUGGUCAAAUGCUAAGUUUUAUUCCCUUAAAGGGAAGCUCAAUAUUAUUGUAUAUUGUAUAGAAUGGGCAUCUAUACAUUUAUAUUGAAUUACUGAAAAGGUGUGGCAGUUGCUACAAUUACAAUUGUAACUCAAUUGUUGUAAAUAUGUAAAUGUAUUUAGCCGUCUGGUCAGUAUGGAAAAUGUUCCAAGAGAGUGUCCCAUCCCAUCCCGUUCCCAUGAUUUAUAUUAUAUAGACCUUUCCAAUAAACCCUACCACCUCUUGGUGAAUCAAGUUAUGAUAUAUUGGCUAGAUCGAUGAUAUCAUUGGUUGUAUUUUUUCAAACAAAUUAGCAAUAAGUUAAUCCUAUUUUUGCUUGGAUAGAUCGCUACCUACAACCAAUGACAUCACCAAUUUAUACAAUAAUAUUUUCCUAAACUUGUGAACGUGAAGAGAGAAGUAUAAUUUUGUUUACUAAGGAAAAACGGCCACCUCUAUUUUAUACGUGAAUUUCCUCGGCGUAUUUCUACGUCAGAGUAGGAAAUUUUUGUCAGUAUUCUAUUUGGGGGGGGUCUUAAACUGUAUCUUGUCAGUAAUGGUAGGACUUUAUAUAAAAGGCGUCCUUCAUUUCAAUAGUUGAAUACAUAAGUCAAUAAACAGAGUAUUUUUUAACUUUUAAACAUUAUUUUAUAAAAUACAUACAUGCUCACUUAUUGUAUCAGGGAACAGAACAUUGUGCUUAAACGAUAUAUUUCAAAGUUUGUAUUCGGGCUUUGUUUUGUAACAUAUAGGGGAUCAACGCAUUAUACCGAAGGGGAUUGCACAAAAAUGCACCAUGCAGACUGUAGCUACAAUAACCUUCCGUGUCAUGCGCAGAUUCCUUUUUGUAAAUAGUAUACAAAAAUAGUCAAUACUAACCCAUGCUCCAUCUAUUUUGCGUAAGGAAACACAACGCUGGUGGUUGUGUGUACAUACAGUAUUAUAUUAUGAGAUAUGUUAUGAAAAUUAAUAAAAUAUAUACUUCUUAA